AUGUGGACUGGCUCGCCGGGUCCCCUAAGUGCUCUGUGGCUGCCGCUGCCGCCACCGCCGCCGUCAGAGCAGCUGCUGCUGACAGCAGGAGCCCCGCGCGGGGCAAGGAGCCGGGACGCGCGGCCGCAGCGUCCCCUGCUUACUGCUGGCCGCUUCGUCUCGGGAGGAGAGACUCCAUCCCUGAAAAUGAUAGAGAAAAUCAGUUUUCUACAAGAAAUAGAACAGACUGCUAUUAUAAACAUCCACUCAAAAGUUAGUAGCUUGAGUCAACACAAGAAUUUCUGCUGUUCACAGAUCUACAGCUUAGACAGGGCCCAGUGGGAACAGUCCAUCUCUACGCUGCUCCUCCACGCAGUGUCAGAUGCUCUGGCUUGA